ACCAAGCUGGUUGCUAGCGCCAUCUAUUGGAAAUUUCUUUGAAGCAAGACUUCUUUCGACGUUACUGAAGUUCUGUUCCUCCGGUUUGCAACUAAAACAUAACAUUUAGAUUUCUCAUAAGGCCGUUACCGGAAGGUGAGUAAAUAUGGAACUUACAGAGGAGAUGAAAACAUGCAUUAGCCUGGCUCAGACCUUGUCUUUAGAAGCCCAGAAUAUGCCUGAAAAUUUCAAAAAAGACAAACAAGAAGCCAUGCAGCAUUUAGGAGCUCUGCUUGCCUCUAACUGCCAGAAAAUUUGCAUUGGGCCUUCUUUUCAUCUUUAUGCGUCAGAGGGUACUGUGCCAGGUUCAGAUAAAUCUUCAGAAAUGAGUGAUAACAGAAUUAGAAAUUCUACUGAAGUGAUAGUGGAAGAGGACGGAGAAGAAUUUGAGACUAUUUUUUACCACGGUUCAAGCAUCACUCAGGAAUCGAAUUCCAUAUAUGAAUGUCAAAAUGACACAAAACCUGUCUGUGAUGAGGUCGACAAAUCAGAUUCGAUAAGCCUUACUCCUAUGAAUAUAAAAUUAGCACAAGCAACGACAGAGUAUGGCGGUCUGUUAUCUCCCGAUUUCUUCCAGAAAAAUUUUGAUAUUUCGUCUUCUGCUUCAUCUAGAUACAGUGAUUCUUCAUCUGGUAUUGGAAGCAGUUCUGAGUCACCAGCAGGUCAAUUAGAACAAACUCAAAAACAAAAAGCUGCAAAACUGCCCUUUGUUUUUCCUAAAGUGGCCACUAGUGAAUACAAAAAACCCAAAGGUUUCCAAGAUAACUUAUCUCAUGUACUGGAGAGGGUAGAAAUAAUCGAUAGCAUUAAGGAAGAAACAAAAGAAACUACUUGGGAGGAGUGGCCAAAGAAAUUUAUAGAAGAAAAUGGUUUCUGCCUCGGUGUUGAGCCAGGAAAUUUUUACAAGAGCAGCACGGGCCCAUUUUUCUACGUAGCCAUGCCACAUCGUUCCGGUUACGAAAUUUUGGUAACUAAUAAUAAACAAGUAGCUUGCGAUGUUGAUAUUUUUGUGGACGGAAAGCCAGUUGCAGCCCUACGUUUGUCUGCUGGUGACUCUCGUGCCAUUGAUGGGCCCACCUAUGCUGAAUUUGCUUUCAAACUUUUUCGAUCCAAAGAUGCGCCUCCAGGCUUGGGAGUAGUAGAAGGAAAUAUUGAAAAUGGAGUUCUGAAAGCGGUUUUUACGCCACAGAAGGUCAGAACCUCUAAAGAACGAGCAUUUUCGGAACCCUUAAGACCACCAAAGUCUGAUGAUGACUUUUUGGGUUUACUUCAAGAUGACAAAGAUGACAAAAGGAAAAAAUCAUUAACAUUUGGUGAGCUAAAUACAGCGGAACGCUCUUUUGAUAUCAGUGAAGUCGUAGAAGGAGCAACUCUUUUGCAAGGCCCGAAGAAAAAACGGCUUUAUGUACCUGCACCUCCAAUGGAAGUAGAUAUUAGCAAGCAAGUUACCCUUAUCCUCAGGCUUGUUGCUAGUACUAAGAAAGAAGUUGAAGCUUCUAAUGAGAAAGUAUCAUGUCUUCAACCACCACCCUUGCCUUCUAGACGUGAGAGAUAGCAUAUGGCCUUUUCUAUGGGAAUAAAAUGUAGUACUGCAUUAGAUAUAGUCAUGAAUUGUGUAUCACAGUGUUACAGCCAGAAGAGGAAAAUGAGAAGUGAGCAAGAGAAAUGAGUGAAAUGUUAUCUUCGAUGUACGAUGUAUUUAAGCUUAUCAUUUGAAUUACAAUAUGAAAAUAUAAAUGUAUUAUUUAUAUGUGAUACUAGAUAACUCUUUACUGAAAGUCAUACAAUUUUUACAUGUAAUAUAAUUUUGUUUCUUUAUUGAUUAUUGUUUCUUUGCAUGUGUAUGCACGUUUCUUAUAUCAGGCGAGAAGAAAUGCUAAACUAGCCUCAAUUCUACAUUGUAAGCUUCCAAUAAAUAUUUUUAAACAUUAUUUGACAAUAAAUAACAUUUUUUUCUUAACUUCA